AUGGCUUCCCAGCAUCAGGAUCAACCCCAUGAGGUUGAGGAAGCUUAUGAACAAGACAUGCAGAAGCCAAACACAAUGUCUGAUCAUGUUGAGAGUAUCUCCAAGGACAAUGGAGAGGCAAAGAUGAAGGUCUAUGGCCAGGUUGAUCAUAUUUCGUACUCUGAGAAGGAGAGCACAAGGGUCAGGCGGAAGAUUGACUUUAUUCUUCUGCCACUGAUGUGUGGGUGUUACAUAUUUUCGUUUCUGGACAAGACGAUCCUCAAUUACAGUUCCAUCUUUGGAAUCCAAGAAGCGCUCCAUUUGAAAGGAACCAACUACAGUUGGCUAGGAAGUAUCUUCUACAUUGGCUACAUGGUCGGCUCCUUAACGUGGUCAAGACUGGUGCAAAAAUACCCCCAAUACGCAGGAAAGUUCAUCUCUGGCGCCGUAUGCGUGUGGUCCAUCCUGGUUCUCCUUACCUGCGUUUGUUACAACUUUGCUGGAAUCAUGGCUCUCAGGUUCUUCCUGGGUCUUCUUGAAAGCAUAACUGGACCAGUCUUUGUGAUCCUAACCAGUAACUGGUGGACAAGAUCAGAGCAAGCUUUUCGCACCGCGUUUUGGCUGGGCGGCACUCCGAUCGGUAACUUUAUAGGUGGACUCCUCACAUAUGCCCUGGGAUCGAUACACGGCGCUGUCGCAACUUGGAAGAUUUUUUUCCUCUUCUUCGGAUCAUUUAGUUUCGCCUUUUCCCUGAUUCUUAUGUAUCUUUUACCUGAUAACCAGACGAACGCCCGGUGGUUAAACGAGCGAGAGAAGAAAAUUGCCAUUGAUCGGGUGCGAGUCAAUCAGACGGUCACGGCCGAUGACAAGUUCAAAUGGCACCAAUUUUGGGAAGCUCUGAGAGACCCGCAGACUCUUUUCUUUUUCAUGACAGCAGCCGGCAAUACCAUGCCGGCAUCCUUCGCAAACCAGUUUUCCAGCCAAAUCGUCAAGGGAUUCGGCUUUUCAGCAACGCAAGCCACCAUCAUAUCCACGUGUCCUGCUGCAAUGAUCCAACUUUCCUCCUUCCUCAUAUUCUCCUGGAUCGCAUCCAAAUUCAACAACAUCCGCCUGUGGCUGUCCAUGCUUGUGUCCAUGCCACCUUUUGUUGGCGCUUGGCUGCUUCAUGCGCUUCCAGCGUCCAAUCAAGCAGGGAGGCUGGCAGGAUACUACCUCACUUACACUCAUACCAUGUCAUUCACACUCAACACUGGCCUCAUGGCGGCCAACUAUGCCGGUAAUACGAAGAAGUCAACUGCGAAUGGUGUCAUUUUCGCAGGGUGGGCGGCCGGUCUUAUUGCUGGCCCGCAAUUCUUUCUUCAGCGGGAAGCUCCUGUGUAUACAUUGGCAUUCAAGAUGCUCAUGGGUUGCUACGCCCUCAUGAUUGUUCUACCUUUCGUCCAAAUUGCGUGGUAUACUUAUGAAAACCGCCGGCGGGAUAGAUUGGCGGGUACAAGGGAGCGAAAUCUGGAUGUUGACACCCUUGAGUUUACUGACAAGACGGACUUUGAGCAAUGGGAGACGUUUAGAUAUGCCAUGUAG